AUGGCAAAAGCUUCUCUCCUUAUCCUCAAAGUGCUGCUCACUAUUCUGUUUUCUGUUUGGCUUUCCCUUUGGCUUCUUAAGCCGACAAGAACGUGGGAAAAAAAAUGGCGAGAAGCCGAAGAAAAAGCAAUGAAAACUGUUUUUAACUAUAAUGGCCUAAGUUUUGCUGUCUAUACAUUUCCGUUUCUCGCCUUGGCUAUGGUUGGAUUCAUUUACUUGGAACUGAAGCUAAGAACCAACCAAAUGAGACCAGAGAGGAAGUUGAUCAGUGCUCUUUCAAAUCCCAUUGUUGUUAAUCGCUAUCUUGGCAUUUUAACUGGAACUGAGAUCCUUCUCGUAUUCCUAUUUGUCACCUUUCUGUUCUGGACCUUCUAUGCUCACAUUUCUAAUGAUUUCAAGAAGAUGAUGCCAACCAAGUCACUGAAACUGAGUAUGUGGCAAUACAAAGUGCUUAAGGUGGCAACCCGCUUUGGUUUGUUGGCAGAAGCCUGCCUGGCUCUUCUUCUUCUUCCAAUUUUAAGAGGGAUGGCAAUAUUUAGGAUACUUGGCGUUCAGUUUGAAGUUUCAGUAAGAUACCAUAUCUGGCUGGGGACUACAAUGAUAACUUUUGCCACACUACAUGGUGCUGGCACCUUUUUCACAUGGGGGAUCAAACACCACAUUCAGGAUGAGAUGUGGAAUUGGCAACCAACAGGUCGAAUAUACCUUGCUGGGGAGAUUGCUCUUGCUGCAGGAUUAGCCAUUUGGAUCACAUCACUUCCACAUAUUAGAAGAAAACAUUUUGAGAUCUUCUACUACACACACCACCUUUACGUGAUCUUCUUUACAUUCUUCUUGUUUCAUGCUGGAGACCGCCAUUUUUAUAUGGUUUUCCCUGGCAUUUUUCUUUUUGUCCUCGACAAAUUUUUGCGAGUCAUACAAUCAAGACCUAAAACUUGCAUCCUUUCAGCUCGAGUAUUCCCAUGCAGAGCCAUAGAGUUAACUCUGCCAAAAGAUCCAAAAUUGACUUAUACCCCUGCAAGCAUCAUAUUUGUGAAGAUACCACGUAUUUCUGAGUUGCAGUGGCACUCCUUCAGCAUAACUUCAAGUUCUAGUGUUGACCAUCACACCAUGUCAGUUAUAAUCAAAAGUGAGGGAUGGUGGACAAAUGCUCUUUAUAAUCUAGUCUCAGCCAAGCCAGAUAGGGAAGCUGAUCAAAGAAGAUGUCUUCCAAUUGCUGUAGAAGGACCUUAUGGAUCUGCAUCCGCGGACUUCCUAAGAUAUGACAGUCUGCUUUUAGUGGCUGGAGGAAUUGGGAUAACACCAUUUCUAAGUAUCUUGCAAGAAAUUGCCUCUGCACGAAGCAAUGGCAGACGUAUACACCCCAAGAGAGUACUACUGAUAUAUGCUGUAAAGAAAACUCAAGACGUCUCACUGUUGAAUCCAGUUCUGGCUCAGCUACUCAAUGUUGAACAAAAUUAUUUAAAGCUGAAAGUAUUUGUGACCCGGGAAUUUGGAAACCAAACAGUAGGAGAAGUACUCAAUGAGGUCUCUCAAGUUAAAACAAUAGAUUUUGACACCUCUACCUCUAAAUAUGCAGCAUACGGGGUUGAAAAUUUACUGUGGAUGGCUGCCAUUGUGGGGCUUUGUUCUAUUAUUUUUCUGGUGCUUCUAAUUUGCUUCAACUGGUCCACUCAUUUUUAUGGUGAAAUGCCUUCAGGACGAGUUAUGACAGUUCCCUCUUCUACGACGGAUCUCUUCCUUCUGUGCUCUUUUGUUAUUGCAAUCAUAUGCAGUAGCUUACUAGCAAUAGUUUUGAGAUGGAAAAGAGCUAGGAAAGAGCUCCUAUCUUUCUCAGGUACACCAAUUGAAACAACAAAACCUACUGGAGUAGGAAUAGAUAAUACACUGGUGGAACAUGAAAUCCAUUUUGGAGGAAGGCCAGAUUUCAGAGAAGUAUUCUGCAAAUUCUCAAAUGAAACUGAAGGUUCUAGUGUUGGAGUCUUCGUAUGCGGUCCUGAAUCGAUGAAAGAGUCUGUGGCAUUAACCUGCAAGCUAAGUUCUCGUGCUUUCAGGGUGGAUAGUCAAAAAAGAAAGCUAUCCGUCAGUUUCCAUUCACUAAACUUCACUCUGUAGUCUCUCAAGAAUCAUUCAAUCCUCCCAGCCAUGAGUUACACCUUGGUCCAUUUGAACUCAGAAAAUAGGCAGCUAUGUAGUCACCAUAACAUGUGCUGCAGAAAAAGUCGAGUAAUGAGCUAUUUCAUUCACGUAUAUCCAUAUCUACUUAUAAUUGGCACCGUAGACUGAUUGCAUAGUGGGGGUUAGAACUUCAGUGCUUGUAUUUGGCUCUGUAAGAUGCGAUUUCCUGAUAAUCCACUUUCUCAAGAGAAGAAU